GUUUGUCGCGUUCUGUCUUUGAAUGCCCGAGAGAAAACACACACACACACCCACACACAAUUAUAGGAUCUUCUUUUGGAAGGGAAGGGCAACUGCCUUUGGACAUGAUGGCGCUCGUCAUUUCGGACGAGGUGACUCAAGAGGCUCAACGAAUUCUUGCGUGCCAGAAUAGCUUCGAGGUACUUCAACUGAGCCCGGAGAAAUGCACGAAGCAGUUGGUAAUGGAGCAGUACGAGGCCAAAGUCGCAUUGUUCAAGCGCUUGUUCCGCAACAAGUUGGCGCUGCAGGCUAAAGCGAAGUUAGACAACGCCAAAAUGCGUUUAUCAGAUCCAAUGCUGCGGGACAAGGAAGCAGCGGGGCUGAGGGAGAUGCAGCGAGACGUCCAGAAAGAUUACGUGGAACUGAAGGCGCUGGAGGAUCGAACCAGCAUUCUCGAAAUUAGGGCGGCUGCGCUGCGAAUCGAUGAGAAAUCUGCAUGA